AAAAUGUGCAGGUCAGCCGCUGACAGUAAAAGCCAGUCGUGCUCGCAAAAGGUCCAUUACACGUAUUCAAAGGAAGCUAUUCCGGUUAAAUUCGACAUUUAAUUAAAUGUUCCGAGUCACUAAAAUAAUUUUCAUUAUUUUCUUUGUUAUUUACUUUCGUUGUUAUUCGUGUUACCAAAAUAAAGCACACCCAUAACAGAAGUUGUUAAAACGUCCUCUGGAUCACACUUGUUAACAUAAUCAGAUCAUCAACACAAAUGGCAACAGCUAUAUCGUUUGCCCAGCACUACAUUGAAUGUGAAAACUGUGAGGAAAAUCCAGCACAGUUCCUGUGUAAAACAUGUUCAGGUCAUCUGUGUGACGCAUGUAAGGCAGAGCAUGAAAGGCGAAAAAUAACCCGGAAUCACGAAGUCAUACACCUGACCUCAGAGAAAGGGGAUAUAAUGGAACGGUUGUAUUGUUCAAAGCACAGAAACGAAAAGCUGAAGUGUUACUGCUCUCCCUGCCAGACUCCAGUAUGUACCCACUGUCUGUUGGAAACUCAUAAUUGUCAUGAAGUGGAAAAUCUGGCUAUUGUCUACAGCAGAAUCCAAGACGAACUUCUAAAAGACAAGAAGGAGAUAGAACUAACACUUCUGCCGAAAUAUAAAGAAAUGUUAGCGAAGGAAACUGAAAAGGAAGCGAAUAUAUCAAAGCGAAUUGACGAAGUGGAAAAACAAAUAGAGGAUCAUACAGACAAUAUAAUCAAACGAUUCACAGCAAUCAAAGAGAAUUGGGUACAAGACCUUCGACAAGAGAAGGAAAAGGCACAAAAGUCGGUUGCGAAAUCCAAAACUGAAAUCGAGAGACGAAUAAAAGCAUUAAACGAAAUUAAAACCCAAAUAUCAAACAACUUAGGUGCAAGGCCAGGGAUUAUAUUUUUCAAAGCUACAGAUGACAACAGCUUAUACAAAAUGCGACGAUUUCCAAAUGCAAUUGAAUACAAACUCGGUAACUUUUCUCCCGGUGACAUUGAUCAAAUAACACGGGAUAUUGACUUUGGGAAAGUCCCUACAUAUAAUAUGAGGAGUUUAUCACAAUAUGGUCUCUUGUUGUCAUCUCACCAUGACAUAUUCCAGAAAAGCAAUCCCUUUUUUAGGGCAUUUUUCCUAGAUGAAAAGUAAUUUUAGAUGGUGAUAUUUGAUUAAACAAAUGCAAUGAUUAUAUAUUGUUAGUUUAGUGGCAAACUGUAAGAACUUUCUUUGCAACGAUAACGUUUUCAUCAAAUGAAAUUUCGCCUUUAUUUUCUUGCUGAAUAAUACGCCAUUUUCAUUUUCCGGCGGACUUAAGGCAAAGACCAUACGUUGAAAUUUAAAUUGCUUUGAAAAAUUUUUUUUUGGCAGAUGUUUUCCAAGAUCACUUGACUGACAAAAAUCAGUAAUGUACUUUUACUCAAAAACUAUAAAAGGAUUUCAAAAUCAUGGUUUAUAUAUAUAUAUAUAAAUAUAUAUAUAUAUAUAUAUAUAUAUAUAUAUAUAUAUAUAUAUGGUGACAUACAUUUAUUAAUGGUAAAUAUCUGUUGAACACUCACCUCAAACUGUUUCAAGUUAAGUAUGACAGUUUUCUUUCUUUACAGAAGGUCAAAGUAUGGUAUAUUUUUCGAAAUAUUUCUCACAUGUAACCUUCGUUACUGAUUUCUUGACAUGAUAAUAUAUUAAGAUAUACAUUAAUUGUCCAUGUAUUAUUCCCUAACUUGUAUUGGAAUUAACUGAGCAUAUAUAUUUUGUUGAUUUGCGAAAGACAAUAAAUACAAGAAGAAAAUAUUUAAUCAA